AUGGCGGCCCACAAGACGGAAAAAAGGCGAAGGAAGCCCAAGAACCCCCAGCUCGAGGAGGAUCCCUACACCUUCGUGAACCCCCACGGCGAGGUCGAGCUCCGGAUCGACGACGAUGACGGGGUGGUGGAGUUGGUGAUGGCCCCGGGCGUGGGGCGGCAGCGGCCGACGGAUAAAACGAAGCCGAAAUCGAAACAGCAGCAGCGACGGGAGGCAAAGAAAAUGGGAAUGGGGCCUUUGAACCCUUUUGCGAAACGCGUUCAUAUCCGAGAUUACUAA